CGCGCAUGCGCACUGGCACUUUGCCUCUUUUAUUCCUGCCGCUGGCCGUCUUCCCGCGUUCGGGCAACACGGAACAAAUGUGAACAUUUCAAACAAAAACACCGGUUAAUUUCUCGCGCUCUCUCGCUCGCCCCCGUCCUCCAGGAACCAUGGCGGUAAACUUCGGCAGAAUUGUCGUGGGGAUAUAUGUGGAGAUAAAACGGAGUGACGGGCGAAUACAUCAGGCCAUGGUAACAUCUUUAAAUGAAGAUAACGAAAGUGUUACUGUGGAGUGGAUUGAAAAUGGAGACACAAAAGGAAAAGAGAUUGAUCUAGAAAGUAUAUUUUCACUAAACCCAGAUGUUGCUCCCGAAGAGGAGAUCUCUCUGAGCCCUGUAACACCACCUCCUCCCACACCUACUUCUAUGAAGGUCAACAAGAUCCCCAAGAAUCGAAGGACUAUUGCUCCUGGAAGAGCUGAGAUUCCACCCAGAGACAAUAAAGUUGUAUCAACACGGGCGCGUCCUGGCCAGCAGCAACCAGAGUCAGCCCUCCCUCCACCUGCUCAGCUACCAGCCCAACCUGCACAGACCCAAACACAGCAGAGCCAACAACAGCAGCAGAAUGCGAGGAGGAAGUCCAACUGUGUAAAGGAGGUGGAGAAACUGCAAGAGAAGAGAGAGAGGCGGCGAUUGCAGCAGCAAGAGCUGAGGGAAAAGAGAGCCCAGGAGGUGGACACUACAGUCCCCAAUUAUGAAAUAAUGCAGAUGAUCAGAGACUUUAGGGCAAGCCUAGAUUACAGACCACUAACCACAGCUGAUUUAAUUGAAGAACACAGAAUAUGCGUUUGUGUGAGGAAGCGUCCUCUUAACAAAAAAGAGCUCACUGCAAAGGAGCUAGAUGUUAUCACCAUCCCCAGUAAAGAUGUUGUCAUGGUCCAUGAGCCUAAGCAGAAAGUGGACCUCACCCGAUACCUAGAGAAUCAAACCUUUCGCUUCGAUUAUGCCUUUGAUGACAGUACAUCAAAUGAAAUGGUUUACAGGUUUACAGCAAGACCUUUGGUGGAAACCAUCUUUGAGAGAGGAAUGGCUACAUGCUUUGCGUACGGUCAAACUGGAAGUGGAAAAACACACACAAUGGGUGGAGAUUUUUCAGGAAAGAACCAGGAUUGUUCAAAAGGAAUCUAUGCUUUAGCUGCUCGUGAUGUUUUUCUUAUGUUGAAGAAACCUAACUACAAGAAAUUGGAUCUUCAAGUCUACGCAACCUUCUUUGAAAUUUACAGUGGAAAGGUGUUUGACUUGCUGAACCGUAAAGCAAAGUUGCGCGUACUGGAGGAUGGCAAACAGCAGGUUCAGGUUGUUGGGCUGCAGGAGAGUGAGGUCAGGUGUACUGAAGAUGUUCUCAAGCUCAUUGAGGUUGGAAACAGCUGCAGAACGUCAGGACAGACUUCUGCCAACGCUCACUCGUCCCGCAGCCAUGCUGUCUUUCAGAUCAUUCUGCGAAGGAAGAGUAAGAUGCAUGGCAAGUUUUCACUGAUUGACCUGGCAGGGAAUGAGCGUGGUGCUGAUACGUCCAGUGCUGACCGGCAAACACGACUUGAAGGAGCAGAGAUCAACAAGAGCCUACUUGCACUGAAGGAGUGCAUUCGAGCCCUGGGGCGGAACAAGCCGCACACACCGUUCAGAGCCAGCAAACUUACACAAGUCCUCAGAGACUCCUUCAUCGGAGAGAACUCGCGGACAUGCAUGAUUGCCACCAUCUCUCCAGGAAUGGCUUCAUGUGAGAACACACUGAAUACACUGCGAUAUGCCAACAGAGUGAAGGAGCUGACCGUAGACCCGAACACAAUGGCCGAAGGAGUCCGACCCAACAUCAACGCCAUCAACCAGUUGGACAUCAUGGAGGAGGAGUGGGAGCUAAGCAGCUCCCCUCAGAGAGAUGACCUUAAGCUGCUCUGUGAACAGAAUGAAGAGGAAGUGUCUCCUCAGCUCUUUACCUUUCAUGAGGUGGUGUCCCAGCUAGUGGAGAUGGAGGAGCAGGUACUGGAGGACCACCGAGCAGUGUUUCAGGAGUCAAUUAGGUGGCUGGAGGAUGAAAAGGUUCUGCUAGAGAUGACCGAGGAGGUGGAUUAUGACGUAGACACCUACUCCUCCCAGCUGGAGCAAAUACUCGACCAAAAGAUUGAUGUCCUGAUUGAGCUCAGAGAUAAAGUGAGGUCGUUUCGCUCAGCCCUGCAGGACGAGGAACAAGCCAGUAAGCAGAUCAAUCCCAAGAGGCCACGAGCUCUGUAGACUUGGAACUAAGGUCACAGGCAUAAGCAUGAUGGCUAGACACUUGGCAGAGUUCAGCAAAUACCAAAAUAACCAUAAUGUGUGUCUGUGCUACACAACCUGCUAGUGUCCAGCAGAGUUACUCAGAAUUUGAAUGUCUUUCUUUGGCCAACAUGUGAAAUAUUCAAAACCUUAGAUUAUUACAUUGACGUACUGCACUGCUUUAAGUGGACUGCUGAUCUUCAAGGAAUGUCCGGUAAAAGCUGCAAUUGUACCCAUCUACUAAUGAAACCUCUCACACAAAAUUACACUGAAUAUCAUUUUGAAGAUCAGCAUGUGCCUUAAGACAGCUGUACAAGCACAGCCGUUCAUGUAAGCGAGUGGGAUUUGUUUUUUGUUAGAAAAUUGAUGGAGUGAUCUUUGCAGUAGAUUACAUUUCUUUGUGUUUGUAUUUAUUUACUUUUUUAAAGUUUAGUUAAAUGGCUGUUAACUACGUUGUCCAUGUUUUAGGGUCUUUACCACCACCUUUAUUUGAAGCUUAUCUAAACUGAAUGCAUGUGCUUUUAAUAACCUGUUCCCCAUUCUGUUACCAGCAUGGCAGACCAAGGCCCAUCUGCACUUUAUAUAACCCUGUUUCUCUAGGAGUUGGACCUCCCACUGAAGUUGUAUUACUCUAUUAUCUCUAUUUGAGGGGUCUGUAAUGUUCAUUUAGUUUGUUUCAGUUAUACUGUUCAACAUAAAUUGUAUAAAUUAAUGAUCUCAAUGAGGUUGCUGCUGCUCUGGGGUGUGAGUAGAGCUGUAUUUUGUCAAUAAUAAUUCAUUUUGUCAUUUCUGGUUUUACUAGGGCAUUGUUCUCGUACUCAUUUUUUUACUCUGUGCUGUGGCUCUUUUUGGCCAGCUGUAGAAUGGUUCAUUGUAUAUUAACUCCAUCUUGGCUGGUAUCUGGAAAACACGUUGCUCAAAACACCCCAUUUAUAUACUUUUAGAAAAAAAAUGCUAUAAUCAGACAUAUAGAACAAACCAUUUCACUACAGCUGAUCUUUUCACUGUUAUCACUAAACUCUGGAGGGUAAAUGUUAUAUUACAAUUUGACACGAGUGUUAUGUUUGAAGAGUUCGCAGUAUAACUCCAGCCUUGAGCCUCAGGAAAGUGGGACAGUGCAGGGAGAUAUCACCCAACUUCACUUGAGCCAGGCAAUAGGGAGACAACUUUAGAAGCAGGUAGUUGGAGUGACAAAUACUUGUAUACAGAAGAGAUUGCUUCAUUGAAAGCAAGACUCUUAUAUUUGGUAUCAAAAAUUCUAACUAAAAUGACAAACUUUUCAUUGAUUUAUUGUAUCUAAGAAAGAAAACAGCAACAUUAGCCAGUAUUUUAAACUAGAACUAAUGGUACACAUCAUAUGUACCAGUACAUAUUAGUACAGGUACUGAGAAUUUGAUGGUACUGACCAAAUGCUGACAGUCAUUAAAAUAUUUAUGUAUAGGAUAUUCCUAUAAAGCAUAUAUCACUCUUACAAACGCAUAGGGUUUAAUUUCUACAAGGUGGCUUUACCACAGGAACGGUACCAACAGUCCUAUUGCAGCCUGCUAAAAGAAAACGCUUGGGAUUAUUUAAGAAGUGUAAAGGUUUCAUAUGCCAGCUUUCCUCUUUUAUGGAGGCAACAGAGGUGUACUAACCUCUUUACAACUGGAUUUUAUUAUUAGUUUUUUUUCCCCACACAUUUCUCAAAUAGGCUUAAGUGAAAAAUAUGGUGUUAUUGAACAUUUUCGCAUAAUAAUAUAGCACCUUGAGAUUAACAUCUAAAUAAAAGGCACACUAUAAUUAAAAUGUGAUAUCAAUAUGAAUAUACAGUCCAGACAUCCUGUAUUUGCGCUUCAUGAAAAGUGGAUCCCAGCAGAGUUGAACGCAUGAAGUAAUCUGAGGAUGAGAAAGUAACAAGAACCAAUUUAAAGCAGAGGAAUGUAAUUAUUUGGUACAUCAAGAUUAGCUGCAGUGAAACACGUAUUUGCAAAGUAUAUUCACGUACACCAUGAAGUCAUCUAUGUCCAUCGAUCUUGCCCGUUUUUCACUAAACCCAGCUUCCUGUAGAACGCCCUCAAUUUUCUGGAUAAUGCUGAAGUCCUCUGGUACUUCCUAUUAAUAUACGAUUUGAAUGGCCAACAAUCAAAUUGACAAACAAAAAAAAACAAACACGUGCCAAAAUACAUCAAAAGCACCACAGUACAAACAAGCAAUUUUACAUAAUCUACGAUGAAGAAUUUUCUGAUAUAGAGGGAGUGACUGUUUACUUACUAUGUUGUGCAUGGAGCAGUGAAUUCUGUAGUUCUUCUCCAAAAGCUGCUCAACAGCAGUAGACCUUGGGUUGGGAAACAAUACAAGAUAUAGAGCUAAAGGCACAACUGAUAGCUGAUGGAUGUCAAAUCGUUAAACUGAAAUAAAUACUUACUUGAAGGCUGCGUUCAGAGUUUUGUUCUUUCUUACAAACGCAAUUCUGACAAGACCGUCCCAUUCCUACAGGUAAAGAUAAUUUAACAUUUUACUAAAUAAUACAUAGAAUUUAAAAUUCAUAUUCGGUGUUAAACAGUGAGAUGCACCAACUCGAUGAAUAGAGUGUGUUGUAAAACAAUCCUGGUGCAAGUGAAUCUGAAGUGAUUGUGUGAGAUUGUACUGAAUGUUCGGAGAUGAGAAUGUUUACACCAAUCCUUUACGUGUGGAGGUUUUACUUAUAUUGGGAGUUGUUGUCUUUUACAAUUAGAGCAAAAGAACCUGUUUACAUGGGGAAAAAAAAUAUUCUGUAGCUCUAUAAACUGUGAGCAACUGGAACAUUUGCUUCGUUAUAAUAAAAUACAUCAGGCCUGCCA